GUGUAUACAUAUAUAUGUAUGGAUGGAGGGAUGGAUGCAUGUAAUGCCACAGAUUGGAAAAGGUUAGUAUUCCCUCAGUAAGAAAAAAAAACGUUCAGUUUUAAAAGGUCAUUCAGAUUACUUUUGUGUGAGAUUUUAUGCGUGCUCUUCAGCUGCUGAAUUAACAUUAUUGAUAAUCCUUUUCAGAUUAUCAAUAAACAGUUUGUACUCUAAAUAUUUAUUCAUGUUGAUAUUUACUUUGUAAAAUGUGCUUCUUACAGGAAUAUAAAUAGUUGCUAGAAAGAACGCUGGCAACUUCAAAGCAAAAUGAAGACCCUUCUGCUGCUUUCAGCCAUUGGGUUCUGGUGGGCUCAGUAUUCCCCACAUACUGAAGCUGGGAGGACAUCUAUGGUCCCUCUGUUUGAGUGGCGCUGGGUUGAUAUUGCUCUGGAAUGUGAACGAUACUUAGCUCCCAAUGGAUAUGGAGGGGUUCAGGUCUCACCACCCAAUGAAAAUAUUGUAGUAACCAGCCCUUUUAGACCUUGGUGGGAAAGAUACCAACCAAUUAGCUAUAAAUUGUGCACAAGAUCUGGAAAUGAAGAUGAAUUCAAAGACAUGGUGACUAGAUGUAACAAUGUUGGUGUCCGUAUUUAUGUGGAUGCUGUGAUUAAUCAUAUGUGUGGUAGUGGUGCAGGUUCAGGAACAAGCAGUACUUGCGGAAGUUACUUCAAUGCUGAAAACAGGGAGUUUCCAGAAGUCCCAUAUUCUGCUUGGGAUUUUAAUGAUGGUAAAUGUAACACGGCAAGUGGAGAAAUUGAGAGCUAUAAUGACGCUUACCAGAUUAGAGAUUGUCGUCUGACUGGUCUUCUUGAUCUUGCACUGGAGAAAGAUUACGUGCGUUCUGAGAUUGCUGCAUAUCUGAACCGUCUCAUUGAUAUUGGUGUAGCCGGUUUUAGACUUGAUGCUGCCAAGCACAUGUGGCCUGGAGACAUAAAGGCAGUUUUGGAUAAACUGAAUAAUCUAAAUACAAAUUGGUUUCCUGAAGGAAGUAAACCUUUCAUUUUCCAGGAGGUAAUUGAUCUGGGUGGUGAGGCAAUUUCAAGCAGUGAAUACUUUGAAAAUGGCCGCGUGACCGAGUUCAAAUAUGGUGCAAAACUAGGCACGGUUAUUCGCAAGUGGAGUGGAGAGAAGAUGGCUUACUUAAUAAACUGGGGAGAACCUUGGAGUUUCAUGCCUUCUGAUAGAGCACUUGUCUUUGUGGAUAACCAUGACAAUCAACGUGGACAUGGAGCGGGAGGAGCAUCGAUUCUUACAUUCUGGGAUGCUCGACUGUAUAAAAUGGCAGUUGGAUUUAUGCUUGCUCAUCCCUAUGGAUUUACACGAGUAAUGUCAAGCUACCGUUGGCCAAGAUAUUUUGAGGAUGGAAGUGAUGUUAAUGAUUGGGUUGGGCCACCAAAUGAUAAUGGAGUAAUUAAAGAAGUUACUAUAAAUGAAGACACUACUUGUGGCAAUGACUGGGUCUGUGAACAUCGAUGGCGUCAAAUAAGGAACAUGGUUAUUUUCCGUAAUGUAGUUGAUGGCCAGGAUUUUACAAACUGGUCAUUAUCUUCAACUUUGCAAACUGGUGUUCCUGGUGGCACAUAUUGUGAUGUCAUUUCUGGAGAUAAAAUUAAUGGCGAUUGCACAGGAAUUAAAAUCUACGUUGGCAAUGAUGGCUAUGCUUCUUUUUCUAUUAGCAACUCUGCUGAAGAUCCAUUUAUUGCAAUUCAUGUUGAUGCUAAAUUAUAAAUUCAAAUUAAAUGCAUAUCAAGAGCAAUAA